AACCUUGAGCCGAAGCCCCCACAAGGCCCCAGGCCCAGCCGAGAGGCUAUCAAGGCUAGAAGGGCUAGGGAGGCUAAGUCAGGGGUGGUAAACCUAAGCCGCCAAGUAGUUGGUGUGUUGGCACUGCCUCAAACGCUUCUAUCUCAAACAACCAGUAGCAGUGUCCUGCCAGCUAUCAAGAAGGGCACUAAAGUUACUAAAAUGGAGACAACAGAAACCCCAGGUCCCCUGACACCUAAUGAUGGGGAGAUAAUGAUCUCCUUUCCAUCUGUUGAUGACCUCCUGACCCCAAAGAGUGAUGUCACGUCCGAGGCUAAGAGCGAUGAUGCCUCCUGUCCAAUUUCACCUGAGGCGUUCUCUCUAACAAACUUCCUGAAGUCUCACCCUCAGAGAAAGCUUAUCAGGAAGUUCCUCAAACAAAUGAACGUGACAAUAGGCGACCUGGACGAAGUCAUCGAGUGGGUGGUGUGUGUCUCCAGUGAGGUGUUCCUCCCAGUGAUGGCUCUGCACAGGACCUCCAGACCAGAGUCGUCAGACUCAUUCCGCUGGGGGUCAGGUGUGCUCCAGAUCAUCUCUGAAAAGUUCCACCAGCGGAGUUCUGAGCCGAAGGGAAGGCUCCUGGGCGGGCAGCCGCCCACUCCCCCUUCUGAGACCGACAAGGAGCUUCAGGGCAUAGCAGAUCUGUCUGUGAGUAACAUCCUGAAAAGGGCCCAGGAGGACCUCUUCUCUUCUGGUGAGGAUGACCUGGAGAUCACCCAUCCAGGCAUCACUCUGACCGAAGAGAAGCUCUCCAGCAUCUUCUCAGAGCUGUUCAGGGGCGCAUGUGAGAGUGCCCAGGAGGCCGCCGGACGCAUCCACCACAUGAGGUCUGGAAGAGGCAACAACAGCCGAAAUGGGAGACGCCCUGGGUCACCAACAGAGUUGGGAGAACUGGGGUCAGUGAGGAGUCCCAAGGGAAGUGACGUCCAUAAAGUCCUUAGCGAGGGGUCCCUCCCUGUCUUUGCCCUGUUUGGGGAGAGGCCAGGGGAAGAUGGGGAGACCAGCAGCCCUGCUGGGGAGAUGGACGAGACCCAGACUGCCAGCACUCCCAGCAUUCCCCGGUCUGGGCAUGGCGGCAGAAGUUGUAGCCAGACCACCAUUCCCACCACCGGCCACAGAGAGGCAGGAGUCACAGCCAGUAACAUCUUUGAUGUUAUUGUUCAUCUGGCGCACUCCGACACUGACCGGGAACUCCACCAGGAGUUCAGCAGUGAGGAUGAUGUUUCACUGAAUGACAUCAUGGACAUUAAGGCAGUGAAGCCCCUGGGGCAGAUCCUGUCCUCAUGGAGGCUGGUCAACAGGAUCUUCAGGGGGAAGGUCCACUACUUUGGGAAGGAGCUCAUCUGCAAGGUGUAUCAGAUGCUUCUGGACAGCGGUAUGGGCAGGAGGCCAAUGGCCCGCCAGAGCAGGUCCGAGCCCAUCCUGAAAGACCUGGCUGCCAACCGUAGGCUCUCCAAUGAAUUCUUCACAGACGUGCUGUACAUGUUCAUCCAACGUGCCAUUAAGAAUCUGCUGGAGAACUUCUUGGGUCUGCCGACCACCCCACCAGGUAGAGACAUUAUGUGGAAUAACAAUUUCAACUGGAUGUAUAGGGACGGCUGGGGGAACACCCCCACAUCCAGCGAGGAGGAGUUGUGGGACAGCGACUCCACCUGGUCAAGUGGGCUUGGGGAGGAGGAGUUGGCAGAGUCCCGUGGGAGGUGGGCCGCUCUGUUGGAGAAGGGCAGACUCCAGACCCUCCAGUCCUCCGGCUCCGGCUCCCUCUCCCUCUCCGAUGACAACAAGGAGGCACUAGGGGCCGUCUGCCAGGUCCUGACCUCCAGGGUGGGAGACAUCCUGAACAGUACCUGCAACAACGAUUACAAGGCCAGGCUCAUCAUCCAGAAAGGAUUGGAUUCCGGUGCCAGGGAAAGGUUCCCUGACUCUCAAUGUCCCUCUUCACCCGAAGAGGAGGAGGUAGUAGUGAGUGCCAUGACUGUCUCAUACCCUAAACCCUCCACCUCAACCCAGGCAGCAUGGGCAGCUCCUGCCCAGACUCUGGAUGUUUUUCUGCCCAGACCCUGCCUGGAUGAAGAAGAGGUAGUGCCCAGCACCUCCAUGAAGGACAACUCUGUGACGACCACCCAUGCAGCACGGGCAGCUCCUUCCCAGACCCUGGAAGAAGAGGUGGGAGAAGCUGAGGUGUCCGACGUGAGUGACAGCUCCCUGAUGCCCACCAAGGCCCUUGAGAAGAUUCCCUCCCUCCUACCAGGCAAGAAUCUUAUUGAAGAGGACAUCCUCAUUUGCAGCACUCCCUGGGCCACCGUCAUAAGCCCCCAGACCCUGAAGUUUAUCCUCCACGGCAUCAUGUGCCGACUGGAGGCCUCAGAGUCCCCCCAGACAAGGAGGGCCAAUGACCCCUUCAGGCUGAUGAAGGAUCUCUUUCUGGAGGUCCGGCAUGCCCUUAAGUAUGCUGACAUCUCUGUCGUCUUUGGCCUGGAGGAGAGCAUCCAAUUCAUUGGGGAGGAUGCGGUGAAGGCCAUCGUGAAGACUGCAGCUCAAAGAUUGUCCCUGCGUUCGGACUCCAACCGGGCUCAACUGCGUGCCGCACGCUCUGGUGGCGAGGGAGCCAUCAGGUGCAUGGCGGACACCAUCACACAAGUCAUAGAUGACUAUUCCGAGGACUGGAGUUCCGACUGCCAUUUUGGAGCCAGGAGGAGCCGUGCUAGUGGGAGGUCACACUCCUCAACGUCCUCAAGGAGUGAUAUCACACUCACCGAGGAGCUCCUGGCCCGGAGGGAAACCCUUGAAGAGGACCUAGAGGAGAUGGCUGAUGACAGCACUGGUUUGGAGAAGACCAUUGUAAGCUCAGCCAUCUCUGAGAAGUCCCAGGAGAAGGAGAAGCAGAAGGAGAAGGAAGAGGCUAUUAAGGAAGAAGUGAGGAAGUCAGGAAAGAAGAAGCGAGGUAAUAACAAGGACCAGAAGAAGAACAAGGUGUCUCCUCUUGGCAAUGAUAGUACUAUGGCUGCAGAUGAGCCGAAGAAAAAACAGGCUCUCUUCCCGCGGAUCACAGCUGCCCUGGCAAAACUAUUUUGCUUCCCCUGCAAAAAAAGAUGCAAAAAGUAACUAUGCAGAGACGAGUUUUGGAAACCCUGAUGCCACCUCCCCCAACCCACUUUCUAAAAAAACAUCAGAGCCAUCAGAAGAGGGAGACAACCCCCGCUACUCACAACCCAUUUUAUUACCACCCCCCCAUUUUAACUUAAUAAACACAACUUGCAGCUA